UCGCAUGCGUAGUUUGAAGUGUUUGCCUUUGCCCGACCUAGUCAGGUGGUGGGGAGAUGUUGCACGUGGGUUCCUUAUGAGGAGUUCUCCAACGGUAUAAUGACUCUGGGUGUCUUUGGGACAGACCCUAGAGUGUAAGGAUGUGGGUCCCUGUUGCGGGGCUUCCUCCGCGGCUGGCGCUGUCAGCCUUUUCCGGUGCUGGUCGCUUUUGCAUUUUGAGUUCCGGAGCGGCGAGGUGGAAGGACGUCCCGGCGAGGAACCGCCGUGGUUUGUCUGACUUCCAGCCGCAGCUGUUGCCCAGUGAGAGUUUCAGAGAUUUGCCCGCAUGGGUGUCUAAGGGCCGCUUCGAGUCCAGGCGUUACAUAAUCAGUCCGAGACUGGCUGAGACCGUGGUGCAGUUCCUGCUGAAACAAGACGAUUGCAAGAUGGUCUUGGAAUUCAAUCCAGGUCCUGGAAUCCUGACUCAAGCAUUACUUCAAAGGGGUGCCACAGUGAUUGCUGUUGAAAGUGACAAAACUUUUAUCCCACAUUUGGAGUCUCUAGGAAAAAAGCUGGGUGGAAAACUCCAUGUGCUCCACUGUGAUUUCUUUAAACUGGAUCCUAGAAGUUAUGGGGUAAUGAAACCUAUUGUGAAUUCAAAGUUGCUUUUUCAGGAUUUUGGAAUAAAAACACUUCCUUGGUCAAAAGGUAUCCCUUUAAAAGUAGUUGGAAUCUUCCCAACUAAAAAUGAGAAAAAGAUGAUUUGGAAGCUUUUACAUGACAUAUAUUCCUGUACUUCUCUAUAUAGAUAUGGACGAGUAGAACUCAAUUUGUUUAUUAAUGAAAUGGACUGCCAGAAGAUAAUGGCAAAUCCCCAGAAUCCAAACCUGUACCAUGCAUUAAGUGUGCUCUGGCAAGUAGCGUGUGAGAUUAAGCUUCUGCAUGUGGAGCCUUGUUCAUCAUUUGACAUACAUACCCAAAGUGGGCAACUGGAAAAGCCAGAGUGGAGGGAAUCAUCAGAACAACAAAGACAACAGAACCUGUGUUUUAUUCAACUGACUCCUCGUAGAAAUUUAUUUACAAAAAAUUUAACACCUGUUAACUAUGAUGUGUUUUUUCACAUGUUAAAGCAGUGUUUUAUGAAGCGCAAUGCCAAGUUAAUAGACCACUUAAAUUCAUUGAGUCCAAUUGAUGCAAUGGAUAUACUGAAGAAAAUAAAACAAAAGAAAACAACAAAAAUAACAAAAAUGUAUCCUGAAGACUUUAAACACCUUUUUGAAACUAUAGAAUGUUCCCAAAAUUAUACCUGUAAGUGGCUGUAUGAUGACUUCAUGGAAGAAGUGGUCAUAUAGGGAUAUGGACUGCCACAACAGUAGCUGGAACUGUUUAUUUUAUUUAGAAAUUAUGACACAAAUGAAAAAACAAAGUUGAAAAGCUCGCAUUCUCUCAACAGAAGGUAACUGUCCUUGUUUUGCACAGACAAGACAGAUAAUUUCUUCUGAGGUUGAUACCAUUAGUACAUUGGAUAAAACAGUGGCUGCUAUUUUAUUCACAACCGAAUAAAAUUAAAACUUCACUUAAUUCUGGAUUUGGUCAGCUUAGAUUUAUUUUAAAUUCCUAUCUACUAUUAACGUAAUGGUAGUUGUAUGGAAUUACUGGAUGAAUUUUACUUUUUAAAACCCUUUUAGCCAAAUGCUUACAUUGUAUUAAUGUAAAUAUUCCACUUUCACUUAAUUUUUGCAUCCUCCAGUGGGGCAAAGGAUGUACAUUUCUAAGCUUAGAAAGUAAAUAAAACUGAUGUAAGUGGUUUGUUUUACUUUUCAGUUUGUGGAAAGUAUUAACAGAUA